GUGGAAACCUCACUUUCCCAAACUCCCACAUCCCCCCAUUUAUUUCCGUUCAUCAUUUCACAAUCAAACUCCUUUCUGGUGGUGUCAUGUGUCCAAGACCAACAACUGAUUCUGCAUCGCCAUGAGAAAAGUCUGCAUGCAACAACCAUGGACGAACUGCCGGGCUCGUUGGGCACCAGUGCCAGCUUGGCUCUGCGUUUCGGCCAGACCAUAUUCUCCACCGCUUCUCUUCUCUUUAUGUGCCUGGACGUCGAGUUCUACAGCUACACAGCUUUCUGUUAUUUGGUGACAGUAAUGGGCUUGGUAGUUCCAUGGGGCAUGACUUUAGUGAUAGUGGAUGCCUACUUUGUUUUUGUUAGAUGCUUACCUCGUCAGCCAAGAAUAAUUAUAAUCCUCAUUGCAGGAGACUUGGCUUUAUCUUAUCUCUCGCUAGCUGCAGCCUGCUCAACGGCUAGUACUACAAUGCUCCUCCAUGAUGCUGAUCGAUCCUACUGCCCCGCAAAGUUGUGCACUAGAUAUCAGUUGUCCGCAGCAAUGGCUUUCCUUUCUUGGUUUCUCUCUAUGGGUUCUUGUCUGUUCAAUCUUUGGCUUCUUCCUUCUUUAUAGCGCUGGCUGAUGAGUCCUAUCCAGCAAAUGAACUCUGCAAAAGAUUAUAGAAAAAGUCCUAUCAUAUACUGCGAUUUUUGUUACAAAUCGGAAGCAGUAACAUUCGCUGGGUUUCUCUAUUGAAAAAUUGUACCUUAUUAAACAGGAAAAAGGAGGAAAAUUCUCUCUUUUUUCUAGUAACUUGUAAAUAUAUACCAGUAAACCUGAAGUCCUGGGUAAAAAGCAUGACGUAAAUGGUGAGCAUGGUUUACCAAAUUGAGGUUUAUUUUAAGGUUGUUCAUUAUGUUAUGAAUGUC